AUGUCUUCCCCCAGCCCCGUCACCGUCGACUCCCCGCCCCCCCCUCCCGCCCCGGGUCCUUCUUCUUCUUCCUCGGGGUCAUUCGGUCUGUACAACCGCUUCCAAGCAUGGCGGAGAUCCCUUGAUCUCCCCAACCCUGGCACCACCGAGAACGUUGGCAAGGAGUGCAAAGGCACGCUCUUGAACAACCUCGCCUUCGAUGGCGCAAGGGCCGACCUUUCCAAGAGCUUGUCGAUGAACCCUCACUUCAACGUCACGCACUCCUUUAACUUGGGCUCCCAGACCGCGCCACCGUCAUAUCACUUCGGUGCCCUGUUCGCGAAUGACAAGAUGUUCAUGCACGGCAACAUCGACCAUGAUGGCAACCUGUCUGCGCGAUUGAACCAGGGAUGGAGCGCGGACAACGUGUCCAAGCUUCAAGCUCAGCUGUCAACAACACCGGGUCAGAGCUUCGUGCAGCUCGAGCACGACUAUUCGGGCGCCGACUACUCACUGAACGCGAAGGCAGUCAACCCGUCACCGGCUGACCUCACUGGAAUCUAUAUGGGCUCGUACCUUCAGUCCAUCACCAAAAAUCUCGCGCUUGGAGUCGAGGGUAUGCUCCAGCGGCCAAGCCCUGCUGCUGCCGAGCUUGCAACCGCGUACAUGGCCAAGUACACAAGUACGAACCGGGACUGGAUCGCGACCGCGCAAUUACAGGGAGCAGGCAUGAUCCAGGCUUCGUACUGGCAGAAGCUCUCGGAGAAGGUCGACGUCGCCGCGGAGUUACAGGUCAUCGCUGGACAAGGCCGUAGGGACGCACUCGCGACCGUUGGCGCACGCUACGAGUUGCGCAUGGCUUCUUUCCGCGCGCAGCUCGACUCAACUGGCAAGGUGUCGGCAUACCUUGAGCAGCGCUUUGCGCCUACCUUCUCCUUCCUUGUUUCUGGCGAGAUCGACCACUUCAAGAACGCAGCGAAGGUGGGCGUGGGUGUGAUGAUCGAGAGCGCGAGCAUGACGCCGGAGGAGAUGGGGAUGGUGUCGCCGGGGCAGAUGCCCAUGCCUGGCAUGCCUCAGCCUUGA